ACCAGUUAUCCUGCUCAAGGAGGGCACGGACACCUCGCAGGGCAUUCCCCAGCUCGUGAGCAACAUCAACGCGUGCCAGGUGAUCGCCGAGGCCGUGCGCACCACGCUGGGGCCCCGCGGCAUGGACAAGCUCAUCGUGGACGACAGAGGCAAAGCCACUAUAUCUAAUGAUGGUGCCACUAUCCUGAAGCUCCUCGACGUUGUCCAUCCGGCUGCCAAGACGCUAGUGGACAUUGCCAAGUCUCAAGAUGCAGAGGUUGGUGACGGCACCACGUCCGUGACGCUGCUCGCCGCCGAGUUCCUGAAGCAGGUGAAGCCCUACGUGGAGGAAGGCCUUCACCCCCAGAUCAUCAUCCGUGCCUUCCGCACGGCCACGCAGCUGGCUGUGAACAAGAUCAAAGACAUCGCCGUUACAGUGAAGAAGGAAGAUAAAGAUGAGCAGAGGAGCCUGCUGGAGAAGUGUGCAGCCACGGCCCUGAGCUCCAAGCUGAUAUCCCAGAGCAAGGAGUUUUUUUCCAAGAUGGUUGUAGAUGCUGUUAUGAUGUUAGAUGACUUGUUACAACUCAAAAUGAUUGGAAUAAAGAAGGUGCAAGGAGGCGCUCUGGAAGAUUCCCAACUGGUGGCCGGGGUGGCCUUCAAGAAGACGUUCUCUUACGCUGGCUUUGAAAUGCAGCCCAAGAAAUACCAGUGUCCCAAGAUCGCCCUGCUGAAUGUGGAGCUGGAGCUCAAAGCCGAGAAGGACAACGCUGAAGUCAGAGUGAACACAGUGGAGGAUUACCAGGCCAUCGUGGAUGCCGAGUGGAACAUCCUGUACGACAAACUGGACAAAAUCCACAAGUCGGGAGCCAAAGUUGUCCUGUCCAAGCUUCCGAUCGGGGAUGUGGCUACGCAGUACUUUGCAGAUAGAGACAUGUUUUGUGCUGGCCGUGUCCCCGAAGAAGAUCUCAAGAGAACUAUGAUGGCCUGUGGCGGCUCCAUCCAGACCAGUGUCAACGCGCUGUCGGACGACGUGCUGGGCCGAUGCGAAGUGUUCGAGGAGACCCAGAUUGGAGGAGACAGGUACAACUUCUUCACGGGCUGCCCCAAGGCCAAGACCUGCACAAUAAUCCUGCGAGGGGGCGCGGAGCAGUUCAUGGAGGAGACGGAGCGCUCCCUGCAUGAUGCCAUCAUGAUAGUCAGGAGAGCCAUCAAGAACGACUCAGUUGUGGCUGGUGGCGGUGCCAUAGAGAUGGAGCUUUCCAAGUACCUCCGGGACUAUUCCAGGACCAUUCCAGGCAAGCAGCAGCUGCUCAUCGGGGCCUACGCGAAAGCCCUGGAGAUCAUUCCCCGCCAGCUGUGUGACAACGCCGGCUUCGACGCCACCAACAUCCUCAACAAGCUGCGAGCAAAGCACGCGCAGAUUAGAUGCAGGGUUGGGUUUGGGGAUCCAGUGCAGGCGUCUAAAACGAGUGGCUUUGACUCAGCUGUUGGGUGA